CCCAAGUACUUACUCUACGUUCAAAUAUGCAUAUCCCCCUCCUCCCCCUUCUUCUUCUCCCUGCUACUUCUCAUCAUUCAUCAUCCUGCCCUCGCUCCAUCCCCCCCCUCCUCCCCUUUUUGCCCAUCCAUCAAACCGCCUCUUUUCUUCCCUUUCCCUUUUCCGUUUUACCACCCAAGUGCAAGCGAUAAAACAUAGUAUUAUUAUUAUUAUUAUUUUGGCUGGGGUUUGACGGCUCUCACACGACAACAAAGAGAAAAGAAAACCCGAACGCACACUCAAGAAGAUAUCGGGAAAACAACGGAUUCGUUUUAAACCACUCUCCAUAACAACAAGCAUCACUAAACACCAAACAACCACCCACAGCAGCAGUAAUAGCCAAAUGUCAUCCCCCAUCAAUGGAAUCAAGAUUAGUGGCGAGUCAGAUCCCAACAAGAUCAUCACAGUGAUGGCAAACGAUGGCAAGACCGGAGAACCCUUUGAGCUGGCCUACAACAACUGUAAAGUUAUCGGCAAUGGUUCCUUCGGAGUCGUCUUCCAGGCCAAGUUGGUCCCUUCUGGCGAGGAUGCCGCCAUCAAAAAAGUGCUUCAGGAUAAGCGGUUCAAGAAUCGUGAACUCCAAAUCAUGCGGUUGGUUUCCCACCCCAACAUUGUCGAAUUGAAGACCUUUUUCUACUCGAACGGAGACAAGAAGGAUGAAGUCUUCCUUAACUUGGUUCUGGAGUACAUUCCCGAGACCGUGUACCGCGCCUCGCGUCAUUACUCGAAGAUCAAGCAGACGAUGCCCAUGCUCCAGAUCAAGCUGUAUAUGUAUCAAUUGUUCCGAAGCCUGGCGUACAUCCAUGCGCUCGGUAUCUGCCAUCGCGAUAUCAAGCCCCAGAACUUGUUGUUGAACCCUGUUACAGGAAUCCUGAAACUCUGCGAUUUUGGAAGUGCAAAGAUCCUCGUCGCAGGAGAACCCAACGUGUCGUACAUUUGCUCAAGAUACUACCGUGCACCAGAACUGAUCUUUGGUGCAACCAACUACACCACCAACAUCGAUGUUUGGUCAACCGGAUGUGUUAUGGCGGAAUUGAUGCUCGGACAGCCCUUGUUCCCUGGAGAAAGCGGCAUUGAUCAGUUGGUGGAGAUUAUCAAAGUUCUGGGAACCCCAACCAGAGAACAAAUCAAGACCAUGAAUCCCAACUACAUGGAGCACAAGUUCCCGCAGAUCAAGCCCCAUCCUUUCAACAGGAUCUUCCGCUCAAGGACGCCUCCAGAGGCAUUGGAUCUGAUUUCGCAUCUAUUGGAAUACACUCCCUCAAAACGGUUCACGCCUAUUGAGGCCAUGAUCCACCCAUUCUUUGACGAACUCCGGAACCCAGAGACGAAAUUGCCCAAUGGCAAGGAUCUGCCACCUCUGUUCAACUUUACCCCCCUUGAAUUGUCGAUCCGUCCAGAUUUGAUCCCUAUGCUGGUCCCAUCUCAUGCCGAAGCUGAGCUGAGCUCGCGUGGUAUUGACAUCCACAAUUUUGUGCCAGUCCCUCCGAGUGCUACCCGGAUCUCACUGGACUAAAAG